GGGCGCCGCCACCGCCCCCCUCCGCAGUGCCGGGCGCCGCCGGGCCGUGAGGGGACGAGCGCGCGCCGCGUGGGACCGCCGCCAUGAGCCGCCUCAGCCUCCCCGUCCUGCUCGGAGCCCUCUUGGCGUUGGCGGCGGCCGGGCCCAGCCCCUUCUUUCGGGAGGAGUUCGGGGACGGAGAUGCCUGGACCCGCCGGUGGGUGGAAUCAAAGCACAAGCCUGACUAUGGCCGGUUUGUCCUCACGGCUGGGAAAUUUUACGGCGAUGCCGAGAAGGAUAAAGGGAUCCAGACGAGCCAGGAUGCCCGGUUCUACGCCAUCUCCUCCCGCUUUGAGCCCUUCAGCAACCGGGACAAGACGCUGGUGGUGCAGUUCACGGUGAAGCACGAACAGAACAUUGACUGCGGCGGCGGCUACAUCAAACUUUUCCCGGCCAGCCUGAGCCAGGAGGACAUGCAUGGCGACUCAGAGUACAACAUCAUGUUUGGCCCCGACAUCUGUGGCCCUGGAACCAAGAAGGUCCAUGUUAUCUUCAACUACAAGGGGAAGAACGUCCUGAUCAACAAGGACAUCCGCUGCAAGGAUGAUGAGUUUACCCACCUCUACACGCUGGUGGUGCGGCCUGACAACACCUAUGAGGUGAAGAUCGAUAACGGGCGGGUAGAGUCGGGCAGCUUGGAGGAGGAUUGGGAUUUCCUGCCCCCCAGGAAGAUCAAGGACCCCGAGGCCCGGAAACCCGAUGACUGGGAUGAGCGGGCCAAGAUCGAUGACCCUGAGGACACCAAACCAGAGGACUGGGACAAACCCGAGCACAUCCCUGACCCUGACGCCAAGAAGCCAGAGGACUGGGAUGAGGAGAUGGAUGGGGAGUGGGAGCCCCCCGUCAUCCAGAACCCCGAGUACAAGGGUGAGUGGAGGCCCCAGCAGAUCGACAACCCCGACUACAAGGGGAAGUGGGUGCACCCCGAGAUCGACAACCCCGAGUACAGCCCCGACCCCCACCUCUACGCCUAUGACAGCUUCGGGGUCAUCGGGCUGGACCUCUGGCAGGUGAAGUCUGGCACCAUCUUCGAUAAUUUUCUCAUCACGGAUGACGAGAAGCUGGCGGAGGAGAUUGGGAACGAGACCUGGGGGGCCACCAAGGAGGCAGAGAGGAAGAUGAAGGAGCAGCAGGAUGAGGAGCAGCGGAAGAAGCAGGAGGAGGAGGAGAAGCAGCAGAAGGAAGAAGAGGGGGACGAGGAGGGGGACGGGGACGAUGAAGAGGAGGAUGAGGAGGAAGAGCCUGAGGCUGAGGCCGAGGAGGCGGCGGCGCCGCGGGACGAGCUGUGAGCGGCGGCACGGCCGGAGUGUCUCUGUGAGACCUGGACUGUUUUGUACGGGCGCCGCCGCCCCACCGGGACGGGAAUGGGGACCGGGACCGGGAUGGGCCCGCGGGGCGAGGACUCAGGAAGGGGGCCGGGUUGGGGGGGAGGGAAGGGGGGGAGGUUGGGGGUGUAGGGCUCCGCGGGCGCACGUGGCUGUACGGGUGACGCGAUCCGGUUUCUAUUAAAUUAACGCUCGUUCCCGGC